CGCCCGCCACCGCCUCCCGCGCAUCGCGCGGGCCCCUCUACAGGUCACCUCCUUCCUCUUCACUCUUUCCCUACUUCUUCCGAACCCUAAACCGCUCCUCUCUCUCUCUCUCUCUCUCUUUUCUUAUCUUCUCUCUUUUCCUUCUUCUUCUUCCGAACCCUAGUCCUAACCCCUAAACCGCUCCUCCUCUGUCUCUCUCUCACGAAUCGGUCCACGAAAGAAGUCAGAGAAUCCGAUCCCCUCCCCCUUCUCCUGGAUCGCUCCUGCUGAGGUUUCUUGGAGAUCGGAUUCCGAUGCCAUCGGCUCACACUGGUCGAGCACAUCUGCGAAGCCUUCAGGAUGUGAGCUGUCGGAUGAUUCUUCUUUCUCCUUGAAUUAUGGUAUCUGAUUCGUUGGAGUGGCGUGAUAUUUCGAAAUAAGGGAGAAGGAGAAUUAAAUGAUGUCGAGGUUUUUGGCCUGUCAAAAAAUCAGAAAAGUUGGCUAUUCUUUUUUAGCUAACUCCAGAGCCAACUAUUCGACAAAUCAUUCUGCAUUAUGGUCGACAGAUAAUUUACCUCUUCCAUGCAGAUUGGUUUCACAAUACAAGGUUUUUUGUGGACAAAAUAACUUGUUUAUGCUCUAUAAAGCUGAGGAAAAUGUAUUCCAGAAUAACCCCUUGAGGAAGUUCUCUCUCCUUUCAGCUAGAAGUUCAAUGACCUAUCGUGCUCAAGUUGCCUGGAAAAGGCUUUGUGCAAUAUACUCUUACAGAGGAAUCACCUCUUCACCUCUCAGUAGAAUUGUCUGCACUACAAGCUUGGCUCUCACCAGAUCACAUUUAGUUCCUAGUAUUCUUGCAUUUGUUGCUGGAGAGAUAGCAUUGUCCAAGACGGCCUGGGCAGAUGGCGAAUACUUUCCAUCACGAAAUGGACUUUACAUGUGUGCACAAGAUAGCCAUAUUUUUCUCACUUUUAUACUAUUGGCCUUGGAGUGUCUUAUUUUGUUUUUUAGAACAAUCUAUUUGACAGUUCUGUUCUCGCCUAUCAUAAUGAUGUCUCCACUUGCAGACAGUUGUGGCUCUCACUUCAGAAAAAUGUGGCUUCAUCUUGUCCAUGCUACACUGGAGAAUGCAGGUCCAGCAUUUAUAAAAUGGGGUCAAUGGGCUGCGACACGUCCAGACCUCUUCCCUGGUGAUCUUUGCACUGAGCUGGCAAAACUUCAUACUAAGGCACCUGCACAUAGCUUUGCCUAUACAAGAAAAUCCAUAGAGAAAGCAUUUGGCCGCAAGCUUUCUGAUGUUUUUGAGAAUUUUGAAGAGGAACCCGUCGCUUCUGGAAGUGUAGCCCAAGUACAUCGGGCUUCUUUGAGAUUUCAAUACCCCGGUCAACAGACAAAGCGCUUAGUUGUUGCUGUAAAAGUUAGGCAUCCUGGUGUUGGUGAGUCCAUUAGGAGGGAUUUCACGAUAAUUAAUUUGGCAGCCAAGAUGUCCAAUUUUAUGCCCACGUUGAGGUGGUUGCGCUUGGAUGAAAGUGUGCAACAGUUUGCUGUUUUCAUGAUGUCUCAAGUAGACCUUUCUAGGGAAGCUGCACACUUGAACCGCUUUAUUUAUAAUUUCCGCAGGUGGAAGGAUGUAUCCUUUCCAAAACCUCUAUACCCGUUUGUCCACCCUGCUGUUUUAGUGGAGACUUAUGAACAUGGAGAAAGUGUCUCUCACUAUGUUGAUGAGCUUGAAGGACAUAGUCGACUCAAAAGUGCUCUUGCUCACAUUGGGACUCAUGCACUCUUGAAGAUGCUACUGGUGGACAAUUUCAUCCAUGCUGAUAUGCAUCCUGGCAAUAUCCUUGUCCGAGCUCAAACCAAGCGUCCAAAUAAAGGGCUCUUUAAAUCAAAGCCUCAUGUUGUCUUUCUUGAUGUGGGUAUGACUGCAGAGCUUUCCAGCUGUGACCGUGUAAAUCUGCUUGACUUCUUCAAGGCUGUUGCGCUUCGAGAUGGCCGUACUGCCGCUGAGUGCACCUUAAAAUUAUCGAAAAAUCAGAACUGUCCAAACCCAAAGGCUUUCAUUGAGGAAGUAGAGAAGUCCUUUAGUUUCUGGGGCUCUUCUAAAGGGGAUUCUGUCCAUCCAGUUGAAUGCAUGCAUCAAUUGCUGGAACAAGUUCGCCGCCAUAAAGUCAAUAUUGAUGGUAACGUUUGCACCGUGAUGGUAACAACUUUGGUUCUGGAGGGCUGGCAACGUAAGCUGGAUCCAGAUUAUGAUGUGAUGCAGACACUACAAACGUUAUUGUUCAGAUCUGACUGGGCUCAGUCUCUUUCAUAUACAAUUGAAGGGCUCAUGGCCCCUUAGGGGGGCGUCUCCCCUUCAGUUCUAUUUCUUCGAGAAAAAUUUUUGACAGCAUAAAGUUGGCAUACAAGUUGUUGGUAUAGGCCCUCCUAUUUUGCUAUUUCCCUUCUGAGUGUUGUUUUGCAGAUUCAUCAUCUGCGCCGUUCUCAAGUUUUAUAAAGGAAAAAUGCUGAUUUAACUGAAAGGAUAUUGGAAAUGAAUAAAAGGUGAUGACUUACAAUACGAUGCAAAUCGCUGGCCACCUGGAGUGCGGAACGGCAGUGGCUGCUGCUACUCCAUCCACGCCCCCUCUGCUGUACUCAAAUCGAGUCAUGGAGUAAUUUUCCUGAUUGAAGUACUAAUGUUCGCUAUACUAUCUACCUGAUGGAAGCCUGUAAAACGAGAACGUCUUUUAAGUUCUGCUUUCUGAGCCAAUAACGGAUUUGGAGUUAACUACAAGAAACCAGCUGCCGUGGGAGUUGAGACCUCUCAGUAUGCACAAAAAUAAAAUGCCCGAAAGAAAGGUCAAAGCGUCAGAGCUGCGAAGAGAAAUGGAUUAGACUCGAGGAUGGAAGAUGAAUUGGCACAACAGUGAGCGGAACUCCAUGGAAUAUGUGCUUCAUUACCCUUUUGCUUUACAUUGUUUUUGUUAAUGACGCAUGGAUGGAUCCAAACGAGAGGAGAAGUCCUUAAGUAUGCUGGUGCUCCUACUUCCAUCGCCCGUGACACGCACCGGUCAACCAACGCCCAAGGAGUGGUUGGGGGGAGCACUCAGCUCGGGCUUCUGCGUAUCUAAUUCAAAGGAGGAGAGAGAGAUAGAGAGAAAGCGGACGUGAGAACAACCCGAGGGGAGAGCAAUCGACAAAUCAGGUAAAAGAGGCCAUUGAAGCCGGCCACACCCACCACCCCGGUCAUUUUACCCAUGUGCGGCCAUGUGGUGGUUAGCCCUCCCUGGCCCCACCACCCCACUUUGCUCUUAAUCGGAUGGGUUUCUUUUCUUUUUCCUCAAAGAAAAUUUAAAAAAAUAAAAUCUUUUUUUUCUUUCACAAACCUCAACUUAUUUUUAUAUAUUUUUAUUUCAUAAAUUAUUAUUGAUGAAAGUAGAAUCGAUAAUUUUUUUCUAAAGUAUAAAUCUUGACGAUUUAUCGUAUGGUUCUAAAUUUGAAUUUCAUCUUUGUCAUGUAAAAAAAAAAAAAAAAAUUAUUUACACAAACUAAGUUAAUCAAUAUCUUAAAAAAUAAGUACUAAAUAUCAUCUUGGUCAUCAAAUUGAUAAUAAUAAAUAGGUUACCAAUGAAUUAUGAAUUACCUGUGAAUCACAUGGAUGCUAUCGUUAUCCGUGUGGGUUCAAUCGAUGAUGUGGAUAGACCUUGUACUUGAAGCCCAUACUAUGAAGUUGAAUAUAAAAGAUGACAACUUUGCCUUUUGUUACGAUGUCUAAUGCCAAUUCAAUUACAUGCCUUUCUAUUAUCAACAUGCUAACCACUUGAUUCUUAAAAUAUUUCUCCAUGAAACCAACCACAUCUUUGUUCCUUCUGAUCGGUGUCCCAAGCACGCAUCUUAAAGCAUGACAAUUUGGACACCGGUUGAUACAGCGAAGCAACUAGUGGGCUUCUUCCGGCUGCUGCUGCUGCUGCUGCUUCUGCUUCUCUCCUGAUGAUGAUGAUGAUAUGACGUUCUAUUGAGAGGACCCCACGUCAAUUAGUCUUCGCGGGUAUCACGCUCUGUCGCUGUGGCUCACACGCAACUACGACCACUUCCUCUUCUUUGUCGAGCCUUCCUUCAUAAGCAAAGCCUCCCAUCUCCAUUCCCUUAAUCCUCCCUCUUCUCUCCCUAAUCUUCUUUCACUCUGCUCAACUAUCUCUCUCUCUCUCUCUCUCUCUCUCUCUCUUACAUAUGUACUCUAUCUUGGCCAUCUCUCUCUGUCAAACGUCUUUCAUGGGAUGGAUAGAGCAGUCCCGGAGCUCUCGUUUCCUCUGAGAUCAAUCACAACAACGGAAACCCGUACCACCUCUUAGCUGUCCUUUUUGUCCUGGUAGCUAUUUCACCACCACCAACCCCUCUCUCUCUCGCUCUCUCUCUGUCCACUUCUUCUUCAAGGACAUGAAGAGCUCCACCAGAAACCCGAACCCUAAUCCUGAUACUCCCAGGUUUGGCCCUUCCAAGCUCAUGGUGGCCUUCCGCUUCCUGAGAGCCCUCACCCUGGUGCACCGAACCGCACCCAACUCCUCCAACGCCGCCCGGAGUCGUAGAAUACAGCGCGCCGCCUUCGCGUCCAUGGCCUACUCCGCCGGCCCCCGGCGUGCUUGGAGCCGAGCCUUGCUUUGGAGGCUUCAUUUCCACCGGGCUCGACGCCUAUGUGCCGGACGAAGCAGAGCAGCUGGCGUUCCGAGGAGACCGAGCACGACCAGGAGCCCGGCGGAUGAGCUUCGACGGCUGGUGCCGGGAGGAACUGGGAUGGACUACUGCAGCUUGCUAGAGGAGACCGCGGACUACAUCAGGUGCCUUAGCGAGCAGGUAAAGCUCAUGCAAAGCGUCGUGGAUUCGGGCGGUCCUCGUGGUCGAUGAUCGCCGGAAAGUGGAGAUGGCCGAGUGUUUGAUGAAGAGGGGGAAGAAGACGUGAAUUUGCAGUACGUAAGCCUCCACAUGUGAAGACUGUACAUAAUUAUCAUGGACUUGUUGAGAUCAACUCGUAGACAAACUUGAACAUCUCUCUCUCUCUCUCUCUCUCUCUCUCUCUCUCUUGCUUAUGCAAGUAUAUAGCUUCAAGCGUCUUCUACAUCCUCCUCUCUUUGCAUGCAUGGAUUAAAAGUCUUGCAGAGCUUAGAACAAAGGAUAUGGGUGACAUCUAAUCUGUAUCUGCUUAAGGAUUAGAGUUACAUAUAUGGGAAUCAAUCUGUGGACUUUGCAGCC